CCUCCCAGCCAUGCCCGUGCUCAUGCUGUCCCUGCUGUGUACCCUGGCAACGGUGGCCCGGCCUGCCCCAGUAGCCUCCAUGAGCAGCUCGGAGCCAGCACAGCAUGAGGAGCUGACCCUGCUCUUCCACGGGGCCCUGCAGCUGAGCCAGGCUCUCAAUGGUGUGUACAAGACCACGGAGGCACAGCUGACAGAGGCCGGGGACAGCCUGGGCCUCUACGGCCAGGCACUGGGGCUUCUGGGGCAGGAGGUCAGCCAGGGCCAGGAUGCAGCCCAGGAGCUACGUGCAAGCCUGUUAGAGAUGCAGAUGGAAGAGGAUACUCUAAAGCUGCAGGCAGAGGCCACAGCCCAGGCACUGGGGGAAGCGGCCCAGGGACUGCGGGUACUGCGGGAGAGUGUGACACGGCUAGAAGUCCAGCUAAGGGGCGCUUGGCUGGGCCUUGCCCGCCAAGAAUUUGAGGCCUUAAAGGCCCACGCUGACAAGCAGAGCCACAUCGUGUGGGCCCUCAGGGGCCAUGUGCAGCGACAGAGGCAGGAGAUGGUGGCCCAGCAGCAGCGGCUGGGACAGAUUCAGGAGAGACUCCACAUGGCGGCACUCCCGGCCUGAGCCUGCCUGGCCAGAAGUAAGGACCAGUCAUGCAUCGAGGGAUGCUUCCACGCCCCAGGCAGCCCCUGCCCGAGGAGGACCUGUCUAUCCGCUGGGGUCGGCCAGGGUGCUGGGACCCGCUGCCAGCCGAGGAGUAGCGACAGAAACAGGCGGGGACACAGCAGAGGACACGGCCCCGUUGAGGAGGGGUGGAGGAAGGACACGCUCCUUCAUGCCUACAGGCCCCUCAUUAAAGCAGAGCAGUGGCA